CUGGUGUGGGAAGCAGGGCACCGCAUACGAGACAAGCGCCGAAGCGCGCGUGCAAACUGGCGAACAAGCGAAGCCUGCCGAGUGCCGAGUGCCGGCAGCCCGGCACCUCCAAUACGGGCCUCUCGCUGCAGAGCCUUCAGGAUAGACAUGGCUGCCGCCGUUGCCCUCCUGCUGUUCCUUUCCGCCCAGGGCGCGGCUCCCGUCCUUGGCUUCACGAGGGGCGACUUCCCCGAGGAUUUCGUCUUCGGAUCCGCUACCUCUGCUUAUCAGUAUGAGGGUGCUGUUGCAGAGGAUGGCAGGAGCCCAAGCAUCUGGGAUACCUUCACUCACGCAGGGAGAAUGCCGGACAAAAGCAAUGGCGAUAUAGCCGCUGACGGGUACCACAAGUACAAGGAUGAUGUCAAUCUCAUAACUGACACUAACCUGGAGGCUUAUAGAUUCUCGAUCUCCUGGUCCAGGCUUAUACCAAAAGGAAGGAGAACUGUCAAUCCAAAAGGGUUAGAGUACUACAACAAUCUCAUAGAUGAACUAGUGAGGCAUGGUGUCCAAGUCCAUGUUAUGAUGUACCAGCUGGAUCUCCCUCAGGUUUUGGAAGACGAGUACUGUGGAUGGUUAAACCCCAGAAUUGUGGAGGAUUUCACAGCAUAUGCAGACCUGUGCUUUAAGGAGUUCGGUGAUAGGGUUUCGUACUGGACUACUCUGGAUGAAGUCAAUGUUGCUGCAAUCGGGUCGUAUGAUAUUGGACAAAUCCCGCCUGGGCGAUGUUCUGAUCCAUUCGGGGUAACAAAAUGUACAGUGGGGAACUCAAGUAUGGAACCAUAUAUAGCAGCUCAUAACAUGUUAUUGGCACAUGCAUCAGCUACCAGACUGUACAGAGCAAAAUAUCAAGCUGUGCAAAAAGGAGUUAUUGGCAUAAAUAUAUACACAUUGUGGCCAUACCCAUUAACAAACUCCACUUCCGAUUUAGAAGCAACUCAAAGAUUUCGGGACUUCUAUCUUGGCUGGAUAGUAGAACCAUUGGUGUUUGGAGAUUAUCCACAGGCAGUGAAGAAUAAUGUUGGUUCUCGCCUUCCAUCGUUCACAAAAGUACAAUCUGAAGCCGUCAGGGGUACUCUAGAUUUCAUUGGAAUAAAUCACUAUUAUUCUGUAUAUGUGAAUGACCGCCCGUUAGAAAAAGGCAUCCGUGACUUCGCACUGGACAUCUCCGCUGAGUAUAGAGGUUCAAGAACAGAUCCACCCAUUGGUCAGCAAGCCCCAACAUCCAUUCCAGCUGAUCCCAAAGGAUUGCAACUUUUGGUGGAGUACCUGAAUGAAGCCUAUGGGAAUCUUCCUGUUUAUAUCCAAGAGACAGGUUAUGCAACCAGAAAUGGUAGUCUCCAUGAUACUGAAAGGGUUGAUUACAUGAAGAACCACAUAAAGAGCACAUUGACUGCACUAAGGAAUGGAGCCAAUGUGAAAGGCUACUUCGCGUGGUGCUUCGUGGACGUCUUCGAGUACCUUACAGGAUUCAAGUCGCACUACGGCCUGUACCGCGUCGACUUCGAGGACCAGGCGCUUCCAAGGCAAGCUAGGCUCUCUGCUCGCUGGUACUCCGAAUUCCUCGGGAACAAGGAGAUCCAGAUCCGUGAAGAAAAUGAGCUAGACGAUGCAGGAUCGCACGCUCAGCAAUGAAUCAUGUGUAGUUCACUGCAAUGAUUUAUCAUUUCUCAACAUACUAUGGCAGCCUUCGGAAGAAGAACCAUAUUUUAUUUAAGUAAAUAAAACUGGCAGGAGAUUUACCAGAUUUGCGUUAAUAAAGAAAAGGUUUACAUAGGCCUAGAGAGAGGGAAGGAAAAAAAUGUACAAGAAACGGCACAGGUAGAGGGAGUACUAUUUGUGCUAAAUAUUUUCAUGUCAAUUUGGCACGCCUUAAUACUUAA